CACACCGGAAAUUUGAAAGCCUCGUUUUGAGAUUUUUUUCCAUUCUACAUUUACCUAACUUCCGAUCGAGACUGUUGCUUAGUGCACAUAAACAAAAAAGUGGUGCAAGUGCAUGAUCUGACGAAAACAUCUUUGUUUACAAGUCUCCUUAUCAUUAAAAGGCUGGAAUGGCAAGUAUAUAGACAAAACACUUAAAUUAUGCCAACGGGUCAUGUAUUGCCCGGCUAUGGGCAACCCGUGACUUAUCUCCGAAGGGCUAAAUCAGCCUACCCGUUAGACAAAACUAAGCUAAAGGAAUACGCCGCGUUUAAUGUGCCUGCUCCAGAAAGAAACGAGCUUCUUCGCAUCAAAAGCCAAGCCAGGGAUCAAUGGAUGGGACUGGAUCGAGCUGCAACUACGUACGAUUUCCAGUUUCAGUGCCGAGAUCUCGAUCAACCAACCAAAUCUAGACCCACCUCUCCGACCAGGAAAAACAAACCACAUCCUCCACUCGUCUUCCUUACAAAUCGUCUCCACUACAUACCUGGGUAUCACAAUGCAGAUACAAGCAUCAACAAACCAGUAUAUCAAGUUGAUGCAAGUGUACCUUAUGAGGAGCAAGCACAGCGCUGGGCCAUAAGAGACAAAUACAUAGGCAAACCAAAUGCUAAAGCCAUCAACCAAUACACAGAUAAAUAUGGAUAUCGGGAGUAUUUCGACCCAGUGGAAGCACAGGCUGCAGAAGCAUGGACCAAGAUAGCAGACGAUAAAGAUCUGUACCAAUUACCAAACGUCUUAGAGGAAAACAAGGGAAGACACAUCACAGAGCCACACGUAGAGCGCGGAAUACCCUUAGAAGAACCUACCAGACCCAAAACCGCGAUGGCUUCUACACACCGAUGGAUGAAAUACGCAGGCGCGGCAGAGAAUGCAGAAUUGCAUCGUGCACUCGAAGCCAUUCGGAAUAGGGAGCAGCUGCCAAACAUGAUGCGUUAUUCUAGAAACGCCAUUGGAUCAACAGAAAUGAGACGACGGACUGAAAUAGAUGCCAUGCAAAGGACGCGGUACAUUAACAAGCCGUCACGUGGUGACUUUUUAAUGCAUCCUGAUUGGCCGUCUAGUAUACCUCAUCACCACGUGGACUAGUUUAAAUAUCGACGAUGGUGCUAGUCAGUGUAAAACACUUAAAACCUAGAUGAAAGAUCAAGCUUUUACCACUCAUCAGUAAAGAAAACUUUUAGGGAGCUAGGGCCCCUUCCUGAAGUUAACAACAGUGUUACAAAUAUACAACUCUUUGAAGCCCCAAUGAAGCCUUCAAUCAAAGUCUCACCAGAUCACAAGCCAAAUUUAUAUUGAAUUUUAAUCAGUGCCAAAAUUUGAAUUCUUGGAUUUUGUGUCUUUUAUACUGCUGUCCACGUUUUUAGGCUUGAGCUCCAGCUUAUUGCCGAUACACGCAUUUGGACUGAAUUUAGACUAAAUAAAAGACUACAACUGCCGAUCAUAAUACACGGACGAUGUACAUGUAUAUAUCUAGAGUGUGGGCUUUGUAUUUCGUCAAAAUCUUAGAGUUAGCCUUUUAUUUUUAUUUGAGGGAAACAUGUAUUUAUCUAUUUGUCUAAAGCCCUUCCCAACCAGACGGUGUUUGUUCUUGCAUGCUAGCUGUUUUGCAUUCGUAAUGCAUUAGACUAAAUUGCCUUAAUAGCAAAAUAAUAUUUAGAGAAUUUUAGAGAGGCGUUGUAAGAGUCUUCUUCAUCAGUAUUUGAAUGGGUUCUAGAGACUUGCUCAUGUUGCAGUAUUUUUACGCGUUAUCUGCUGUUUGGAAAACAGUAUUCUUGUUGUGCCUACACAUGUUUAUCUGAUAAACUAAUUAGACUGUAAUCAUUAAUCAAUAAAAACGAGAGCUUGUUUAUUGUUUGUAAAAUUGAAAGUUGUUUUUGUUUUGCUUAGAUGAUACAGACUAUAUAAUAAAUAAUGUUUAUACAUUUACCA